AUGGCGACCUACGACUGCGACGCGCCGGCGCGAUCUCUCGUCGCCGUGGGGGGCGGCGACGCCACGAUGUUCGCCGCGGGUACGCAGACCAUCCGCGGGGGUAACGCGAUUCACAUCGUGAGCCACGACCGCGACCGCGACGUCGCGAGGUGCGCCGCGGUGUUGACGCACCCGGACGGGGAGAUCUGGUCCAUGGACGCGCGGUGCUCCGACGGGGGUUCGGGCGGCGUUCGCGACGUCCUCGCCACCGCGUUCGACGGCACAUCACGCGGCGGCGUCGCCAUCUGGCGCCUCCCACCCUCCCUCGACCCCCGCGGGGACCCGACCCGCGGCGACCUCGCGCGCGUCGGGACCAUCCGAUCAUCCGAUCUCUCCGACGACGCCGACGCGUCCGAUGGACCGCGGUGCGUGCGAUGGUCCGCCGCGGACCCCGCCGUGCUCGCCGUCGUCGCCGACUCCUUCCUCGCCAUCGUCCGCGUCGACGCCGAGGGUGGCCCAGACCCGAAACCCAACACGCGCGGCGUCCUACCCCCCGGCUCGUUCGUCCCCUCGCCCAGCUGUGCGUCCUUUCAUCCCGACGCGCCCGACGUGCUCGCGAUCGCCUGUCGCGGCCCGGACGUCCACGUGCACGACGCGCGCGCGGGGCUGGAUCACCCGCCGUCGCAGACCAUCGCGAACGCGCACGCGCUGCAGGUUAGAUCCGUGGACUACGACCCGGGCGCGGCGGGUACGCGGCUGGCGACGUGCGGGGACGACGGGUUGGUGAAGAUGUGGGACGCUCGAAACUUUGCGAAACCGACGGGGGAGCGGGGAGCCGCGAUGGACGGUCACGCGCACUGGGCGUGGUGCGUGGCGCACAACCCGGAGUACCCCGACCGUCUCCUCGCGUCGAGCGGCGGGGACGGCGUCGUUCGGCUGUGGAGGACGGACGGCGGCGGGGGAGGCGACGGGGGUUCGGUUGGUUCCAUCGGCGGUUCAAUCGGCGGGACACAGCUGUGCGCGGCGGCGUCGUUCCGGGGGAGCCACGCGGACACGGUGUACCAGGCGGCGUGGGGGCGCGGGGACGACCCGUGGACGCUGGCGUCGGUGUCCUACGACGGGAGGGUGGUGCUCGAUCAGGUGCCGAGGGCGGAGAAGUACCGGAUCCUGCUCUGA